CAGAGAUAUUCGAGGCUAUGGAAUGUAUUGAUAGACUUCGUCCACUUUGUGGUGCGCCACUAGAAUCUCGAAGUUUAUAUCGAGCCGCACCCCACCCUCCGUCUCCGUCCUGUUUCCAGGACUCACAUCCACGGCGAAGUCAAUCAACACUUGCACCUACUGCUAUAUUACCUAGUACGCAUAUAUUCUUUGUGUCCUGUCUUGAGUUUUGUGUUUUAUAGCUUGUUCACUACCUGCAGCUUCCUUCAGCCUUUACCCCAGUCCUCGGAGUUCAACCGGACAACGGGGCGGUUGGGAUACCAGAACUUGCGACUCUCUUCGCAGCCUGCAUCUUUCUGAUGGCUUCGUACCCGAACCCCUGGUACCCAUCGGCCAUGAAUGGGUUUCAGACCCAAGAUGGCGGCUGGUAUGGCGCCGCUGGCAUGAAGAGGAGCGACUCGCAGUCGACCAGUUGUACGGUCGACACCAGCUGUACGGCCAGCACCGUGGCUUCGGGAUAUUCUUCAGCGACGGACAUCUCAUCCGCUGAAUACGCUUGUUCCGAAGAUACCAUCUACGGCGACAUGCCAUCAUUGUGUCCAGAUCUGUGCUCCUUUCGCGAGCCUCCUGAUGCCAACCAUAUCCCCUCUGCUACCGGUUCCCAGUAUCUUGACAACGGCGGGAGUUGGCCCCAGCCAUUACCGCUGUCGAGCCCCCUACCGGCCCUCGGCACCCGAGCUGGAAACGAGGAUGCCGCCUGGCAAGCCACCUUGGCUGCUAACUCCCUGAUCACCAAUCGGCAGCCGCCGGGGAACGGUCGGUCGUCCCUCAUCUCAUCCGUGGCUGUUGACGAGGCCGUGAAGAUGCAUCAGGACCGUGGCGUGGAGGAGCCAGUACGCCCGGCUAUUCAGGACGUCCUGUACCGUCACCUGCGGCCGCGGUUUAGUGACAUUGAUCACUACUAUGCCGACAUCAUCCAGCUUCUCGAAGAGGCCGCCUACCAGCUCCAAGUACGGCUUCAGGGGCCCCAGGUCAUGGAGAUAUGCUCCAUCGCCAUCGCCGCCGUCCUCGCCAUGCUGUCGGAAGACGCGGGAGCCGAUAACAACGGGGCGAACCCUGGGUGGCCAGAUUCCCACGGUUCGCCCUCGGCAACGGCUCGGGCCUCGCCGGAGAAAGAAAGAUUCAAGUGUCACUAUCCCGGGUGCAACAACGGCGCCAGCCGUCAGGCCGACCUGGAACGCCACUACAAGAUCAUGCAUCUGGCCGACGAUGAGAAGGUCAGGUACUUCUGCGACUACAAGAAGUGCCCCCGGCACAAGGCACCCUUCUUCCGCCAGGACCACUUCCGGGAUCACCUCCGCGAAUACCACAAGGAAGACCUGCUGCGGCGCGGCAACAAGGGCGACGACGAGUGGUGGUCGUCUCGUUCUCCGCACGCCCUGUACAACGGCUGGUGGCGCUGCAGCCGGUGCCUGAUCCGCGUCCGCCUCGACAAGGAUGGCUUCACCUGCCCCGACUGCAGCGGCUCCUGCGAGAAGGAGCGGCAACAGCACAGGACCAUGGCCGCAGGCGCCGAGCUCCGGGCCGACAGCAGCAACGGGUCGUCGCCGUCGUUAUUGCGCCGACAUCCCGCUCCUGCUCCACUUGGCCGCAGACGUAUUCGCUCUUCUUCUUGACUUUGUGACAUUGUUAUCCCACGUCGGGUGUGUCUUCUCAUUUCUCCUCGACUGCCGAGUGAUUCUUUCGUUUCUCUUUUUUUCCCUUUCCAUUUCUGCGAGUGCUCGUGGGAGUUACUUUACUCGCCUACCCCGUGUCACGGUCGGCAGAAGAAGAAAGUGAGGCCGAGACGGUCUCGAGACGGCGAACUGGCAUAUCGCCUUGUUCUUUUCCCUCUACUUUUCCGUUUUUUACUGAUCUUUUAUCCUCUUCAGUAUUUCGGACAUGCCAAAAGAGCUCACUUGAGAUGGAUUGGAGGCUUCCCAAACCACGUUUCCGGCGGGUCUCAAAGCGCUAGCUGCAUCAUCAAGCGACCAGCUAGUUCCUUUCUAGGCCUUCGUGUGCCAAAUUCAGCCUGGCGAGGCUGUGUAUACUAACGUUGUACGUUCUCGCAUACGGUGGCGUCUGAGGAUAGAUGGGAUUGGGUGUCGGAUGAGGAGAUGUUUUUACAUUGAGAUGGGCUUGGGUGAGGCUCCGCUCAAAAGAGACGGCUCUUCAGAGCCUGGGAUGACGCAAAGUGGGGGAGGGGCUAUCGCGCUUAGUUAAAGGGCCGAGAGCACGCGGCGCUACACCUCAAGACGUGGAGGCCAGACUAACAGCGGUGAAGUCGUGCUGCUCGUAGCCCUUUUGUUCUAGUUAUGCGUUGCCACGCAUGACGAACACGAAACGAAUGAGAAAAAAAACAUCACUAUCACCUCCUCCUCUUUUG